AGCAUUAUCCAUUGUCCAUUUACCGCAUUAAGCGACAUUCGAAAGGACAACCAAUUGGAGCAUUAUUUCAGCACGAGUGUGUAGAGUUGCAAGAGCGUCUUUUCUGUCCUGUUGGUGACUACUUUCAAGUCUUAAAGCUAUGAAAGUACCAAGAAUUUCUAUAUUGAAUUUGGAUGAAAUUAAAGCUGCACAAGAGAGGCUUCCUUGGGAGUUUCGUCGUCGUGAAGUAGAUGGAAAGCUCGUGGAUCCCCCUGUUCCAGAGAGAAAGAUUCGAGAGUUGAGGGAACAAACAAUACAAGCAGGUUUACAGUGGCCUUUUGAAAUACCAGAAAAAAAGAUUGUAGUUAAUGUUCCCUUUAAAGGGCGUCUUCGUGAACGUAAGGCUCCGGAAAGGAAGGCCGAAAUCGAAGAAAACUUGAAACAGAUGCCCAAGUUGAUUGAAAACUAUAGAAAGAAUCGCACAAAGAGAAAGAAAACAGCAUUGGCACAGUAUUUGAAGGAAACUAUGUCCAAGGAAACCUUAAAUACGGAGUAAUGUGGUCUUGAAAGGAUUUUGUGUUACAGAAAAAGAGAGAUAGCGUAUAACUGCUGAGUGAAAUGUGUGACAGAUGCUACUAGACUUUUCCAAAACGCAUUGUAUGGCAAACUCUGUGUUUUGUGUAAUCGUAAAUAAAAGUAUAUUUUUAUUG